CCGUUACAACUGGUCUUCGAAUAUAAACAGUAACCGCCUACUGUUAAACCGGCUUUAUGGAAGGCUGAAAUAAAUAAAGUGUACGCGAUUAUAUUUCGCCCAAAUCUGUUUCAACUUCGGUAAAAGAAAAGGUGCGUGAAGAGUUUCCGAGUCCAAGGCAAAGUAUUGGGCAUGGAAAUGUCAUGUUGGCAACUCUCAAAUACUAAAAGAUAAUGUUAGAGUUGGCAACAUAAUAGUAAACAUUUUAAGAACUAGGUUAUGUCUUGUUACCUAAGUGAUGUAUACUGUUAUGUGUUACUAUGGUUAUAAGUUUGUGUGUAUAUAAGGCGUACUUCUGUAUCAAAUUUCGGAGUCAUAAAGCAUAGUAAAGUGAACACUGAUUCUUACUUAUCAUUCGAUCUACGGGAAACUGAAAAUAACAGGAAAGGAGUCCUAUUCGCAUGACAUUGGUAUGACCGGCGAAUCACAGACGCGAAAAGAAUAUGCAGGUGUUCCUCAAGAACACCUGCAACUCUCCCCCCCCCUUCCCGGAGUGACGUAAUUUAAUAAUAGCGUCAGUGGAGCAAGGCCCGCAGUCUGUGUUGUACUGAGACAGAGAGCAGUUGAAGGUGACAGUGUGUUGAGGGUGUUGAGAGACGCUAGUGUAGGUCGUGUAUGUUUACACCGUGUUUGAGUGUUAAAUCUUCAUUUUAAGCGAUUCGCUUGUGCCUUUUGUGCCAUCGCUUAAAACCGAAAGCCCAGCCAUGCCUCGUAUAACGAUAAAAGGUGGAUUGUGGAGGAACACAGAGGAUGAGAUCUUGAAGGCAGCAGUGAUGAAAUACGGGAAAAACCAAUGGUACCAUACUGCAACAUUGUUACAUAGGAAAUCAGCAAAUGAAUGCAAGGCCCGUUGGUAUGGAUUUCUUGAUCCGUGUAUAAAGAAAACAGAGUGGAGCCGUGACGAAGACGAGAAACUAUUGCAUCUAGCAAAAUUGAUGCCAACUCAGUGGCGAACCAUUGCAUCCAUCAUUGGAAGAACAGCAGUGCAGUGUUUGGAACGUUACGAGUACCUGCUGGAUCAGGCACAGAAGGAAGUUGAUGGAGAGGCUGCUGCAGAUAGCCCACGCAAGUUGAAGCCUGGGGAAAUUGACCCCAAUCCAGAGACAGAAGCUGCACGUCCAGAUCCCAAGGACAUGGAUGAAGAUGAGUUGGAGAUGUUGUCUGAAGCACGUGCACGACUUGCCAAUACUCAGGGAAAGAAAGCAAAGUGGAAAGCUAGGGAGGAACAAUUAAAAGAAGCACAUAGGUUGGCAGCUGUACAGAAACUGAGAGAAUUGCGAGCAGCUGGAAUUGAGUUGGCACCUAGGGAGAAAAAGAAGCGUGGGCUAGACCAUAAUGCAGAAAUCCCAUUUGAAAAGCUCCCUCAACCAGGAUUUCAUGAUACUAGCAAUGAAAUAUUUGAUCAGGCAGCUCCUGAUUUUAGCCGACUUAGGCUGCAACAUCUUGAUGGAGAGCUGAGAACAGAGAAGGAAGAGCGCGAGCGUCGAAAGGACAAGCAGAAAUUGAAGCAGUGGAAGGAGAAUGAUAUUCCUAUGGUUGUGCUGCAGAAUCAAGAGCCAGCUAAGAAGCGCAGAAAGUUGGUUUUACCAGAACCUCGGAUAUCGGACCAGGAGCUGCAACAGGUGGUGAAACUGGGACGUGCCCGCAGUCUGUGUUGUACUGAGACAGAGAGCAGUUGA